AAAACAGUCGUACUUCUUCUUCAUUUAUGUACCACAAAAUUUUCGGACAAUCAAACUUAACAAUUAUCCAAAAUCCCAAUUACUUAGUGUCCUUAAAUCAUCCAAACAGCUUCAACUCACAUCUGCCUUUGACUCUUGAAUACAGGAGUGAAUUGUUUCCAGCUGAUUGGAGAAAAUUGAAGGGUGGCUAAUAAUUUUUGGGAGGCAUAUAUUUUGGAGGUCUCCUUUUUGACUUGCCUUUCUUUUUCGUUCCUGGCGUUUCAGGGGUACCCACUUAGCUCUUCAUAGGACUUGGAAUGGAGGAUGUGAAAAAGAUGGACGAAAAUGCUCUUGCAGAGUCUUCUACCACACCAAUUGUUUCCUCCACACAUGAGGAUCAAACAAAUAGUCAUAUCCCAACAGAUACUAACGGGAAGGUGGAAUCUGAAUGUCAGCAACCACAUACGGAUAUUUCUGCAUUAGAACAUCCAAAGGAUAUGUCAGAUGUCUCUUUUCUUGCAGACGGUCCAUCUGUUCCAUCAGAAAAUCCGGAACGUACUUCUGAUGUCACUCAAGUUGAGAAGUCAAUCUCACAUUCAUCAACAAACAUACUAGGGGAACAGGAGACUCAAAAAGAUGACACUUCAACAAUUAUUUCAAAAUCUGUUCCAUCAUAUACAUUAGAAGCAAAACCAAGUGAAAUUGUGCAACAAUCUUUAGAAAUUGGGUCACCUGGUAGUACUCAUAUUGAAUCAAAUGAUACUUCCAAUGGGCAUGCACAUGGGAAUUCGGUUUUGGAGGCAUCUCAGAUACAAAACAUAAAAGAAUUCACUGUCUCAGUUCCACCUAUUAAAGUGGGACAAAAUGCAGGAGCUGCCAGACACCUUUCUCAGGCGGUUGAUUCCCCUAGGAGCACUCAUGGUCGUGAUGAUAUACCUUCUGCGUCAUCUCGUCAUGUCAGAGAGAAUGAAGGCACGAAUCAUGUAAUAGCGUCAAACAGUCCUGUUUCCAAAGUUUCCAGAACCAUAAGCAGAGCACAACAGUCUGCUGGCAGCCCUAAAACUCCUCAGAGUAUGGAUAUAAACAGAGGCCAAAUUGAUACGGCAGCACCUAUUGAAUCCGUAAAACAUGCUGUUUCAAAAUUUGGGGGUAUUGUUGAUUGGAAGGCCCAUAGAAUGCAGACUGUGGAGAGACGCAAGUUAAUAGAACAAGAACUGGAGAAAGUACAAGAGGAGAUUCCAUUGUAUAAGAACAAGUGUGACGCUGCUGAAGAUGCAAAAGUACAUGUCCUGAAGGAGCUAGAGAGCACUAAAAGACUUAUCGAAGAAUUGAAGCUCAACCUGGAGAAGGUACAAACAGAAGAGCAACAAGCAAAGCAAGAUGCUGAACUUGCUAAACUCAGGGUGGAAGAGAUGGAACAAGGGAUUGCUGAUGAGGCUAGCAUUGCAGCCAAGGCUCAGCUGGAGGUCGCAAGAGCCAGGCAUGCAGCUGCAAUUACAGAAUUGAAAUCUGUGAAAGAUGAGUUGGAAGCACUUCACAAAGACUAUACUGUAUUAGUGACUGAGAAAGAUGUAGCAGUGAAGAAAGCAGAAGAAGCUGUUUCUGCAUCAAAAGAAGUUGAAAAGACGGUCGAGGAUUUGACAAUUGAGCUGAUUACUGCAAAAGAAUCCUUGGAGUCUGCACAUGCUGCACAUCUUGAGGCAGAGGAACAUAGGAUUGGAGCAGCUAUGGCCAAAGAGCAGGAUGCCUUAAACUGGGAGAAAGAAUUGAAGCAGGCUGAAGAGGAGCUGGAGAAACUAAACCAACAAAUAGUCUUAGCAAGGGAUCUCAAGUCAAAGUUGGAUACGGCUUCAACAUUACUGCAGGAAUUAAAAGCUGAAUUGGCAGCUUAUAUGGAGUCAAAGCUAAAAGAGGAAAAUAAUGAAGGAAACUUCAAAGAUGGGCUGGUCGAAUCAGAGAGAAGAACUCACGGUGAUAUACAGGCAGCAGUUGAUUUAGCCAAGAAGGAACUGGAAGAAGUUAAGCUCAACAUUGAGAAAGCAACAGAUGAAGUAAAUUGCUUGAAGGUGGCGGCUACAUCAUUGAAGUCAGAACUAGAAAAGGAAAAAGCAGAACUUGCCGCUAUUAGGCAGAGAGAAGGAAUGGCAUCAGUCGCGGUUGCAUCUCUUGAGGCAGAGAUUGACAGGACAAAGUCAGAGAUUGCUCUUGUUCAAAUGAAGGAGAAGGAAGCUAGAGAAAAAAUGGUGGAACUGCCCAAGCAACUACAGGAGGCAGCUCACCAGGCUGAUGAGGCAAAAUCACUUGCUCAAAUGGUUCGUGAAGAGUUAAGGAAGGCAAAGGAGGAAGCAGAGCAAGCAAAGGCAGGAGCAAGUACAAUAGAGAGUAGAUUACAUGCAGCUCAAAAGGAAAUAGAGGCUGCAAAGGCUUCGGAGAAAUUGGCACUUGCAGCUAUCAAUGCAUUGCAAGAGAGUGAAUCAGCUCAAAGCACAAAUGACGAGGAUACACCUACUGGAGUUACUCUUUCUUUAGAAGAGUAUUACGAGCUGAGCAAGAGGACACAUGAUGCAGAGGAACAGGCCAACAUGAGGGUGGCAGCUGCUAUGUCCCAGAUUGAGGUGGCUAAAGAGUCUGAAUUGAGGACCUUGAAUCAGCUGGAGGAAGUCAACCGUGAAUUGGCUGAAAGAAAAUCAGCACUGGAACUUGCAUUGCAGAAGGCAGAACAAGCCAAGGAAGGGAAAUUGGGUGUAGAACAGGAGCUGAGAAAGUGGAGGGCAGAGCAUGAGCAGAGAAGGAAAGCAGCAGAAUCAGUUCCGGUGGCACACCCAACUAAGAGUCCAAGAGCAAGCUUUGAGGACAGACAAGAAACCAAGAACUUGAAUCAAGGACCUGAUGCUGCUGGAAUUCAUCAGAGGCUGAGCCCAAAGGCACAUUUGAAUGGAAGCAACACAGAAACUGAAUCCUCACCAGAACCUGAAGUCAAGGUUGUAAAGAAAAAGAAGAGAUCAUUCUUCCCACGCAUCUUCAUGUUUUUGGCAAGAAAGAAGACACAAGCUAAGUCAGCAUAAGUACCUUUAUUUAGGUAUCUAAAUCACGUUUCUCAUUAUUGCUAUGUUGCUAUUUAGUUGGCUAUUUCUAUUGGUUUCUCUUGGGAAAGUAAUUUCUAACAGUAUAUGUACAUUGUACAUGUUGAGUUUUUUAUGUGCAAUAAGUUGAAGGGAUUAAAAUUUCACUUGCUAUUGGGGCUGAUUAGAGGAUUACAAAAACCAGGUUUUUCUUUUAUUGGUUUGGUUAUAGAAACAAUAAGGCGGUUCUGUAAUAUAUUUGACUGCUGCUUGUGAGUGUUGAUUCUCGCAGUUUUUGCAGGUUCACAGUGUUGACAUCCUGGAACAUUGUUGUUUAUUAAUGUAUUAACUUCUUGUUGUCGUC